GUAACACUGCAUCAACAGAGAGCAGCCCGGAAAUAUCGUCUGAAGAAGUUCCUCCUGAGCUUCCUGUCAGUUAAUCCACUUGUUGAUGAGAAGAGGGGGACGACGAAGACGUUGGAAACUUGAACCUUUGCCAAAAAAAAGUCGAGCAAUGGCGGAAACGGCCGGAUAAAACAAGCAGCAAUUAGAAAAACAGAACCCGACGGCUGAGCGCCAUGUUCGGUGUGAGAGAAGCCGGUGUCCUCGGUGCCUCCGUCGCUCUGGCGGCGGGGGUCGCAUACCUUAUCUGGAACUACGCGUCCUCCUCCGGGGAGAAGAAGCGUGAAGCACCGCCGUCUCAAGACGGUACAAGUGCGAGAGAGGAGGACGGAGAGGGAAAGGGAGAGGAGAGGAGAGAGGCAGCUGAAGAAACAGUCGUGGUCGCUGCUGCGCCGGUUGUAGCUGCUGAAGCUCAGAAAGCAUCAGAGCCCCGGCCUGUACAGUCAGCUGGGACCCAGGUUCUGGUUCUGGGUCUGGAUGGAGCCGGCAAGACCAGCCUGCUUCACUGUUUGUCCACCGGCAGCCUGGAGGAUGACAUGCAGCCGACGCAGGGCUUCAACGCCGUCUCCAUCAACAGAGAGGACCUGCACAUCGAGUUCCUAGAAAUUGGAGGGAAAGAGGAGCUGCGGCCGUACUGGCAGAAGUACAUGUCCAAGGCUCUCCUGCUGGUGUUUGUGGUCGACUCCACCAACCCGCAGCUUUUCCCCGUCGCUAAGAGACAUUUACACGAGCUGCUGGUGUCUGACCCCUGCCUGCCUUUAAUGGUUCUGGCCAACAAACAGGACCUUCCAGGAGCCUGCAGCAUCACUGACCUCCAUGACAGCCUGUCUCUGUCCGAGGUUGGAGACCGCAAGUUGUUCCUCAUUGGCACAUAUGUGAAGAAAGGCGAGGCUGAGCUCAGCUCAGGUGUUCAAGAUGCUCGAGACCUGAUAACCCAGAUGGUUUCUGUGGGCAGAUAAAAUGAUCUGUUAGGGAUCACAUAAUCCUGUGUUUUUGAGAACAUCUAAUAGGUUGUUUCUUUACCCUUUACCUCUUCACGUUACUGUUCCCACUACACCAGUUUUGCUGGAAGUCUUCUAUUUAUUUUUGGAGAAAAUUAAAACUCUUUUCCUGUUGUGGUGUGUUUAUAGUUACAGUGCUCAGCAUAAAUGAGUACACCCCCUUUGAAAAGUACCAUUUUAAACAAUAUCUCAAUGAACACAAAAACAAUUUCCAAAAUGUUGAACAUAUACAAGUUUAAUAUAACAUCUGUUAAACUUAUAACAUGAAAGUAAGAUCAAUAACAUAACUUAGAUUACACAUUUUCCAGAUGUACUCAAAUAAGGGCGAUGCAAAAAUGAGUACACCCCACAACAAAACUACUAAAUCUAGUACUUUUGUAGUCUUCUAGGCAUGGAAUGAACAAGUUCUUUCAAUCUUUUUUCCAUUCUUCAAGAAUUAUCUCUUUUAGAGACUGGAUGCUGGAUGGAGAGUGAUGCUCAACUUGUCUCUUCAGAAUUCCCCAUAGGUGUUCAGUUGGGUUCAGAUCAGGCGACAUACUUGGCCACUGAAUCACUUUCACCCUGUUCUUCUUCAGAAAUCCAACAGUGGCCUUAGAUGUGUGUUUGGGACCAUUGUCAUGUUGGAAAAAUGCAAGACGACCAAGGGCACGGAGUGAUGGUAGCAUAUUUUCUUUCAGUAUAGAGCAAUACAUCUUUCAUGAUGCCAUCAAUGAAACGCAGCUCCCCGACACCAGCAGCACUCAUGCAACCCCACGUAAGGACACUGCCACCACCAUGUUUCCCUGAAGGCACCAUGCAUUUUUCUUUGUAUUCCUCACCGUUGUGAUGCCAUACAGUUUUGAAGCCAUCAGUUCCAAAAACAUUUAUCUUGGUCUCAUCACUUAAAAGUAUAGACUCCCAGUAGUCUUCAUCUUUGUCAGCAUGGGCCCUGGCAAACUCUAGGUGGGCUUUAGGAGAGGCUUCUGCUGGGGAUAGCACCCAUGCAUGCCAUUCCUCUGCAGCGUACGCCGUAUUGUGUCACAGGAAAUAGUCACCCCAGUUUGGCUAUCUGCUUCCUUGGAUAACUGCAGUGAACUUGCAUGCAGAUUUUCUUUGACCCUUCUCAUCAGAAGAUGCUCCUGUUGGGGUGUUAACUUCCGUGGACGACCUGGACGUCUCUGUGAGAUGGUUGCAGUUCCAUCUUUUUUAAGUUUUUGUACCACUUUUGCUACAGUAUUCUGACUGAUAAGUAAAGCUUUGCUGAUCGUCUUGUAGCCUUCACCUUUGCGGUGUAAAGAAAUGAUUUUCUUUCUCAGGUCAUGAGACAUUUCUCUUCCAUGGGGUGCCAUUGCUAACAACAUGAAAUGGGAAGGGGUUUUCUACACCCCUUUAUAGUCAACUGUCUGCUGGACACCUGUGGUUGAUUAUUGUUAAAUUAGACAUUUGUAGUCUAAAAUUUAGCCUCACUCCAGAGACUUUCAGUGGGGUGUACUCACUUCUGCAUUACCCUAAUUUGAGUACAACUGAAAAUUUUGUUCUCUGAGUUAUAUUAUGAACCUUACUUUCAUGUUAUAAGUUAAACAGAAGUUAUAUGAAACUUAGUCUUGUCAACAUUUUGGAAAUUGUUUUUGUGUGCAUUGAGAAAUAUUGUUUAAAAUAUUACUUUUCAAAGGUGGUGUACUCAUUUACGCUGAGCACUCUAUGUGAAAGUGAAAAAAACUCACUGACUUUGAGAAACAUUUCCUUGUGUCACCGUUACCAAAUGAUCAUGAUCUCUACUUAAGCUGGCUGCCUACAAGACACUCUGAAGAACCAAAGAUUUAUAUUCUUUACAUCUUAGUGGGUCAAUUCAUCAAUCAGUAGAGCUGGAAAUGUUUCUCUUUUUUAGGUUUUAAUGCAGAUUGUCUGACGGUACAGAAUCACAGUGGAUUUAUUUCAGGCUCUAGAUUCUCUAGGCCCAUCUGUCCAACAGUUUGUUAUCAUCAUUUACAUAGUUUUAUUGUCUUCACAAACAUAAAUGUAACCAGUUGUUGUUUUUUCUUGUUACUUAAACUGUGUCCCAAUGUUCUUUGUGUGUCAGGAUCAAUAGGAUAUUUAAUACCUCAACAGAAAGAGCUAAACAUGGCAAGAUCUUCAUGAAAAAAUAAAUUCAGCAUAUCAGUUUAGGAGUACAAAGAGCUCACUAGCCUCACAAUGUCAAAUUAAAACACAAACUUUUAGUAGUAUCUGCUGCAUUCAGGUCAGUGAAGGUGCUUGACAUGAUUUCUGGAUAUGAAAAACGUGAAACAUUUUAAACAGUGCCUCUUUCUGCCAUCUGGGGCCGCCAACUGUCACAGCUUUAAGACGAAGACAUCAAACUUGUGAGACCUGUUGACAAGCUUUCUCAUGUGCCGUUAAAUAACAACAGGAGACCACAACUAUUUAACGUCCUAGUAAAACAGUUGUUGAGCGAGGCAGGCAGAGUAGAUAUAAUUAUCCGUCAUAUUGUCAUUAUACUGUUAAAUGAUCAGACCUUGUCACCAAACAGUAACACUACCAAAUCAUGUCUUACUGCAGGGGAGUGUCAUUUUCGGAUUAAAGCUUUAAACAUAUCGUUGUUUUUAUGA